AUGCAGGCAAUCCGGAACCUCUUCAAGAACGACCUCGUUCUGGUCGGCACAAACCUCACCGUAGUAGCCGGCGUUGCGACUUAUCUAGGCUCUCGGGUGGAGAAGAAACUGGACCGCAUGGAAGAGGAACAGGAGGCGCGCAUGGACGAGAUUGAAGGAACACUACGCGGUCACAUCGGCUUGAUUGAAGACUCGUUGGACAGGAUCGAAGGCAAGCCGAAUGCUGGAAAGCAAGACAAGUUGUACAACGAGAGGACAAGAGACGCGAAGGGAGGUGGUACCGGGCAGAGCAAAUAA